AUGCGAGGCGUCUCAAUGCCCACUCACCAAUAUGCUCAACUAGCAGACGCGUAUCUCCAGCCCCGUAUCCCCAACCCAGCGGCCCCAGGAGAUCGUCACAAAUUCACGGUCCCGGAUAUUCUGUCGCUCGCUAUGACCACUCGUGCGUAUACGAGGGUUGUGUUACGGUUGAGGGCGCAGGCCGAGAGUGCAGCGAGAGCGUUUGCGAGGUCACAUGUCAGUCCUGUGUCAUCAAGGCCUGCUACACGUGAUGGGCAUGUAGCGCGGCGCUCUUCGAGUCGUACGGCAUCCCCGACAUCGUUAUAUUCCCAUGGCAAGUCGUCCUCGAUUUCUGGUUCGACCAAGGGGACGUUCCAAUCUCCUUUGGUCCGACUCCACCGUGCGCCGCUCUUGCGGGUGUUCGUUCCUUCCCCUGAAGGAGAAUGGUUAUCCGAUUCGAGCGUAGUGGAGUGUGAAGCUGAGCUGAAGAGAGCUGGUGUGUUGAAGAUGUUGAGGGUUGGGGAUGUGGUGUGGGAUGUUGCUGUAGGCGACGAGGGGAAUUUGGGGAGGAUGGUUUGGGAUGGGAGUUAUCUUGUGGACCUUGAUUACAAGUACUCGCCGAUGGGAGAGCUGUCUCCUUAUUUCCACAGUCUGGCGUUUUCUCCGUCGUAUUUCCACCGCGUCAUUCGGACUGGCGUUAAUCCUAUUUUGAAUCCGGGCGGCAAUCCUAUCGUUAAUUUGGAUGUUAGUCCUUGGGGCCAAGAGCUCGCUGCUAACUUGCAGUUGAUACAGGAUAGGGCUACGACAGCGACCCCUCACGGAACGCUGCACAGCGUCGUCCACUGGUUGCACCGUUCUUCAUUCACGAUUCGACCUCCGGUCUCUGCGCACCACCCGCACGCCUACUCGCACAGCCAAAACUUGCGCCUCCCGAUUCCGAACGUGGCAGGCUUUUUCAUCGAUCCUGGCUGGUACGGGACUGUGAUCGUCGAAGCUGAAGGCACGAACGAAGGUCUUGCAGAUUUUCAAGCGCGCUGCGGACCUGGUGUGUUCCCCCCUCGUGCGGAUAACCUUACGUCAAAGAUGAGGAUUGAGAAGGAGAAGGGGAGUAGGUGCGUUUAUAGGAUUUUAAGGGAGAAGAGUCGUCCUGGAGAGAUCUGGAUUCGUGCAGUUCGCGAGAAGGAACGUGUGAUGUGA